CUCGCCAUUGCCAUUUGCUAUCUGUUUUGUCUCUCUAUCUUUUUUUUUUUUUUUAAUUUAGCGCUCACUUUUAUCAUUAUCAUUAUUUUUAUUUUUUUCUUUUAUUUUUUCGUUUCUUCUCAAGGAGUCUCGCAAUUUUUGUACAGCCUCUUCAGGUUUUCCAAGGUAGGAAAUGAACCGCUACGCAAUCCACCAAAACAGCUUUGCUGCCUACGAGGAGAUGAGAGGCAACGCCGCCGCCGCUGCCUGCAGAUCUGUGGAGAUGAAAGAAACGGUCAUCUGCCCUAAGCCGCGGCGGCUCGGCUUGCUCCACACCACUCUUCACGACCCGUCUUACCCGAGGCCUCUCAGAUGGCACGCUAGCCAUCACCAAGAGGUUUUUGAUUCCAAAGCUGGAAGCGAGCUUCUGGACAUCAUCCUAGCAAAGCAGGGUGGUGGUUGUGGUAGUGAUCAAGCAGUGCCCCCAUUUUUUUCCGGGUCGCCGCCGAGCAGAGUAUCUAACCCACUAAUUCAAGACGCGCGGUUCGUGGCCGAGCAUAGCACCCCUGUCCCCCCACACGCAACCCCGGCCCCUUCCCCCUCCUCUACCCGCAAGGGGGGCUGUGUCCGGGCGAAUUUUGGGAACAACCCGGCCGUGAGGGUGGAGGGGUUCGACUGCCUGGACCGGGAUAGGCGCAACUGCAGUAUCCCUGCCCUGGCAUAAGGUUUAGGAGUUUUCAAGAUUUUGAUCUGCUAAGUUAAGUGGAUGAUCAUUCAAAACAUGAUUAGGUAAUAGUAGUGUAUAUAUAUGGAUGUUGUUUGCUGUAAAUAAAGGGGUGGUGUAUGUAUUGAGCAGGAAAUAAUUUUAGGGUUGUUCGAGUUGAGGUGGGUUGGGCCCCCCUUAUGCUGUAAGUAGAGAGGUGAGAAGGGGGGGAAUAUGAAGUGCGUUUUGAUGUCAAUUUUGAGUAGGGCGGAAUAUGUAUAAAGAAUUAUGGAUAUAUAGCUGGCGCUGAGUCAAGAUGUUCUGUAGUCAACAAAAUUGAGUUUGUAAAACAUUUUAAUAUUAUAAAAAUUUCAUGUUUUUUUGGGUA